CCUUUUAUUUUUGGGAUAUCCCCCAAAUCACAUGAGAUGUUUCAAAGUUAAAAAUGAAAAUUGAACGAUUAGUUCUAACUUUUUUCACCUUUUACCAUAUUAACGUUUAUGCGUCAACCGAAAUAGAACUGAAUACUACAAAAACUUUUCUAAUCAAGGUUUAUGAAGAUAGUAAAAUUACAUUCUAUAGCUCGAAAAUACCUUUGAAUGUUUCCUUUGUUCUGUUUGAGUUUCACUCUAAGCACGAUGAAUUCACAAUUUCAAAAGACGAAAGUUUUCAAGUUGGUGAUUACACCACAUCUUCUGAUGCUGGCAUUUUAAUUCCAAUGAAAGGUGGGGAAACUGUUGCCAAGUGUUACUUUACAAACAAACUAAACUCAACAUUCGACUUGUAUAGUCGUGUGAAAUAUUUGAGUAGCCAUGACCCAAUACCAGGUGGCUGUAAUCAGGAACUACCCUUAGAGAACGAUCCAAAUAUCUAUUGGAGAAAUGAAAAACUAACAACUCAACUUAAGUUUGCUUUUGCUAAUAAAGCUGUGUCACGUGGAACUCCCGAAGUUUCGUGUGAAGAUGCGAAAGUUCAACAAGCAUUCAAGUACGAUAUUUAUCAUAUGUUCUUAAGAGAAGGAAAUUAUAAUAAUAAGCAUAAAAUGGAGAUUAUCAAUAAGUUGAAUGAUAUAAAUUCAAUACAAAAAUAUGGAAAUAAGCUUAAAACUGUUUACUCUAAUCAUCUGCCUACUUUUUACAUUGCUAUGUUACCAUCAAUUGGUUCUGCUUUUACUGUUAGAGGAACUUAUAACGGGGAAGAAACUGUUCAAUUCACAUACGUUCCAUCAGUCACGUACUCUUGUUCAUUUGAAUCUGGUGAUAAAUCUUGUCGCUAUCCUUAUCCUCUUCGAGUUUAUAUUAUCACUGGUGUAUUAGCAAUAUUGGGAUUGUAUAUCGCGUUUGGAGCGCAUACACUAUUCCUUCUUGAAAUCUUUAUUCUAAGUUAUCUAGAAGGAUUCUUAUCUUUUUAUAUCGUUAUUUCUCGUUACACAGAUUGGAGUGAAGGAGUUCAGGCUGGUGUUAUUGCUGCUUGUUCCUUAUCAUUUGCCAUUGCUGGACUCUUAGUAUGGAAAAUUAUUGAACUUCCAAUUCUAAGCGUUAUUCUCAUGUCCCUAUUAGAAGGUUUCCUAUUCUCCAGUCUAAUUUUUAACGUUACACCUUUUGGACAAUUAGAAUUCUUUAAUAACUCUCUAACUUAUGGUUUCGCCUUUGCUGCUAUAAUGCUCUUGCCAAGUUUAAUAUUAAUGAACUUUCCGAAAUGGUUAAAUUACUUCACUUGCGCUGUUGUUGGGUCUUAUAUGCUAAUAUUUCCCAUUGGUUUAGUGAUAAACAGUGGCUUUCCUCUAGUAGUGAUGGCUACCCUACACAGAGCAGCAAUUCCAGGAUAUAUAAACACAAUAGUAUAUCUUCCAGUACAAUAUAGGGAUAUAAUUCUCUAUUGUUUAUGGUUGCUUGUCAUAGUUUUAGCUAUAAUAUUUAACUGGGCAAGGGAUCGUCAUAGGAGUGAUUUUCCUAUGACUCGAAGGGAAAGACGUCAAAUGCAGAAAGAGAGUGAGGAAUAUUUCCGAAGACUAGCUCAACAAGAACAAGUGAGAAAUUAUCAACAAAACAUGUCUAAUAAUCCAAACUAUCCGAAUGAACGUACACAUUUACUGGACGUUCGAUUCAUGUAGAAUUUAGUAGUUUCCUUCUGAUAUUACGUAACAUGUAAUACAUUGCCACCGAUUUUUGGCUAUUCCGCUAUAAACGUUUUUGCCAUCUUUAUUUCUUCUUUUUGUUUUAAAAAAAAAGAAUAAAAAAAAAAGUAAUUUAUCUAAAAUGUAGAAUUAUGAGAAUUUAUAUAGAAUUUAUAAAAGAAUUAUUAAUAAUAAAAUAUUACUAUACAAUUUACAUGCUAUAAAAAAAUUUACUUUUUUGUGGUUAAUGCUUUUUGUCACAGAAAUAAUACAAUUC